AGUAUGCUAUCUUUCAAGGUCGUGUUCUUUAAAAACUUCCCCAAAGCGUUGACCUUCGAACGGUGACGAGGAAUUAGACUCCCCUGGGUCUUUCAUCUAUCGCUGUCGUGUUUGCUUACGUCGUUACGUAACGGAUUAACCCGGCGUUCUUAAGUCGGCAGCUUUUUUUCUGAUUAGGCCUAAAUGCAUAAAUUCUCGUUUGGCUGUUUCAUUUAGAAAAGUACGUUUUGUGGCACCAAAAUGAAUUGGGUUUUUUUUUCAUCCCUAAAAAUAUGACUCAGUAGGGAUGGCGCAUUUUUGUAGGCUAACACACGGUCCAUUUUACAGACAUGGGCGUUUUUAAUUGGGUUAAAUUCCUCAGUUAAGAUCUACGCUGAACACAAGCUCAAGAUAUUUUAAUGUUUCAUUCCAUAACAUAAAAUACAUCAGUAACACCCCUUAAGUUUAUAGCUUUUACUAGUCAUGAGAAAGGCGGUUGCUAACAAGUGUCUAAAUGGAACUAGAGGUUGUCUGGAAAGACAAAACUCAUCUAUACUGUGUUUUAUAUUAAAAGACUUCAAGACAGAGUUGUCUGAAGCUUCAUGGUGGUGGUGUUUAAGUCGUAACUGUAGUGUAGUUCUUUAGUCUAGCUUUCUAUUAUGUUAAUUUGUGAAGACUAAACUCGUAAGAAUCACAUUUGUUCGUAACGGAGCUUAUUUCACGCAAUAAUCCAAAAUCAGAUGGAAAAAUCCUAUUAGAAAUAUCCAACUGCGUGUCAUUUUGACGAUAAAGAAAACGAAGUCUCCUGAAAGUAGGUUGGAUUACCAGAAAAUUUAAAAAAACUGACAGUACAUCGUUAUUCUGUUUGUUUUGAUAAAACGUUAGCGUUUGCUACGGCAACAGUGACCCCAACCAAUGGCGGAAGUGUGUGGGGGCGGAGCUAUCCGUCACGACCAAUGGCGGUGUUUGGGAAACGUACGAAUUUGAAUAUUUUUUCAAUUCUCGUCGAGAGCGCUUAACGGCACAGAAAUAACACCCAUCGCUUUCAAUAACGCAAAUGUACCCCCGCUCGACGAAUUAUGCUAACUCGUUUCUCAUAUUCAGAACAAGUCUGUUUUGCAUGCGUCUUACUUAAGGCUGUUUUGAAUGAAUAUCCAUUACCCUGCACCGAAGGAAAAAAAAGAAGAAGAGAAGCACGUUAAAAAAAAUUCCAGCUCACCGGGGGUUUUGACCGUAAUGGCGUAAUUGCAAUUAUUCCAAAUUGAGCUAAGUAUUCCUCUGAGAGCAUUCUACCUUUUAGUGAAAGUAAUUGCCGAAAGUAAACGUUUUUAACUUCUCGUCUGAUAGCAAUCUGGUCAUUUUCUCCGGUUUCCUCCAGCUUGUGUUUUUCCCUCAUCUUGCGGAUGUUGGAAUUAGGUUCACCGGAGGAAGUACCGCCAAUAAAAGCGCUGUAAUGGUUAACCUGACUGGGACCGCGGCUGAUGGUGACAGGGCAGAAACUUUGUGCGAAUCAGGCGAGCUCUGCGCCAAUCAGCGCGGGCGGACACGUACAGCAAACCCGCGUGACCUUUGCAUCUUCAUGUAAACACUGCAGCCUCCCCGCGGCGAAGCGAAUGGGUUCAAAAUUAAUAAAAAGUCCCAGAUGGGAAUAAAAGUUAUAAAUUGACCAGUUGGCUGAAAUGAGAGACGUAAGCAAUAUUAAACACUUAAAAUCUGUUAAAAUGAUAUUAACUGACAUCUAAUAAAGAGAAACUUCAGUGCUUUCUAACCUUUAUCAAAGUAUUAUUAUUAAGUAUUCUGGACAUUAAGGCCUGGUUUUAUAGACAGGGUUCAGCCCAAACCAGGAUAAGGGCAUUUAAGUAAUUGUUUGAAACACGUUAAGCAUUACUGGUGUGCAUCUUAAGACAAAACAAAGUAACUGACAUGUUUUAAGAUCAGCCAGUGCAAGUUUCUUUUAGUUGAAACAGCUCAGAUUCACAAUUUAGUCUAGGACCAGGCUUAAGCCUUGUCUCUGAAACCAAGUCUUUAAAACACAUAAAAAAAUUAAGAACCAAAGCAAUUUUGUGACAGCUGUAGAUUUCCAAAAGACAGAAACUGCAUGUAAGGAAUAUGUUAGUUAUUAACAUGCAAUAAAAAAAAUAUAUUUUUGCAUGACUUUUUUUGCACGAAUAUAUAAAUGUGUGCAAAAUAUGGUUUGUUGCUGGCAAUAAAUAUUUAAGAAAGCAUACUAAAUAACUAUUUAAUUUGAAUAUAUUAAUGCACGGACUACGAAGACUGACCUAAUUUAACCUGAACGCAGAAAUGUAAUAGUUUUCGGAUCGGAUGUUUCUUUUCUCCUCCCAAGUGGAGUUUGAAUCUUUUUGUCACGUUGUAAAGAAUCGUUUCAUCGUGAGUAAUAAGAUAUUAAAUGUUUACUGCUGAGGGCAUUGUUGACGCUAAUAAAAAACGAUAGUGAUCAGCCAGAGAGAUGAUUGCACUCGUGUAAACCCAGGAAACAGGGAGGGUUUACGAUCUGAUUUACAUCUUUUUAUGUACAUGUGUGUGUAGACAUCUGUGCUUCCAAGUCUGUGUUUACCAAAGACACACCCCCUUGUGUCAUCCCACCCCGUCUGUUGUGAUGUGGCCAUGAGCAACGAUGCAAGGAAGAUCCCACAUACGGAGUAUAAAUACGGAGGUGCUCUCUGCCAGAGAUCAGGGGUUAAAAACCCAGCUGCCCUGCACAACCUCUGGCUAUUCAUUCAUUAAAAUACGAAACAACUUCUAAAAAUGCAAAGCAAACACCUUCUACGUGCAGUUCUGUACCUUUCUGUGCUGUUCCGCGCUUGUUUCGGGGCCGAAAGCUCCGACACGUUCUGUAUUUGGACUAGAUCGGCUUCAGAGGGUCGAACGCAGCACGCCUUCCUCCGGAGGACGCAGACGUCUCUUCUCUUGUACGACAGCAUCUGGGACGAAAACGACCGCCUUUUUAGCUGCGUAACGAGUGACGAGCAGCCUGUGAUUGAGAGUUACCUGUACAGGUGUCGGGAGGACGGCUCUUUCUCGAAGGCCCUCGAUGGACGCUUUGACGUUAGGGAGCUGGUUGAACCUCACGGCCCCUGUGAGGCUGCAGGCGCUGCCGAGGAGUUUACGGCGUCUGUACGGAGGACCAGAGACCUGGGGAGCGUUGAAUCUGAUGGACUGGAGCGCCAGGACGGUGGAGAAAGCUCCAGACAGAUGCUGCAGCGCUCUAAGAGAGCAUUGAUGAUCCCAGGGACUCUGUGGUGUGGCUCAGGAAACAAGGCUAUGGCCUUUGGUGACCUGGGUGUCUUUGAUGAUACGGACAAAUGCUGCAGAGAACACGACCACUGUAAAGACACCAUCGCCUCUUUUUCAUAUAACCACGGUGUCUUCAACACGAACGUCUUCACUUUAUCACACUGCGACUGUGACAACAGGUUCCGCCGCUGCCUCCUGGGUGUUAAUAAUACCAUGUCCAACCUUGUGGGCUACGGAUACUUCAAUGUGCUAAAGAUGCGCUGCUUCGAGUUUUCUCAGGCGAUGCAGUGCGCCAAGAGAACGUGGUGGGGCAUGUGUGCGAUUUACGAACUUGCUCAAUACGCCGUGGUGAAAGACGCAGCAAACUACACCGACGCACUCCCCGAAGAAGACUUGGAGACGCUGGAAGCGGGUUUUCACCGAGCGGUCGCUCCGGGACGAAACCAGGUCACCAGAAACACAGAAGAAUCACUUACUGCGGAAGAUUCCAGGAGCGGCGGCGAAGAACCGAGUCCAGUUUCGACAUGGCCGGGGCCAUCUGUUACAACACUGCAGUCCCGGAAAUCUGACGCUUCCGUUCCUCCAACAGACGCACCGAAGAUAACAGACAGAACACAAAAAGGCAAGUUUGAGACGUGCGACCUCUACAGAGACCUGGAUUCAUGCCAUCUACGGAUCCCUGCUUUGCAGGAGAAAUUUGGUCUACGAAACCCUGGCGUGAGGACGCUUUAUCACUGUAACUGUACUGCCAGGCUCGUCCAAAAGAUCUCGUCCAAAGAAAUGGACGAAACCGACCCCGUGCACUCGCUGCUGAUGGAUUUUGUUUCACAGUCCUGCUUCACCCUGCCACAGUCUGAGAACUGUCUCAACGGAAAAAGUUGCUCAGAAGCACAGCUCGUGCAAAAUUGGAGGAAAGACGUGACAGGAGGACGACAUCUAGUGGACUUCAAGCGCAAACUCAAGAGGACGAACCCUAAACGCUCCAAGAGGAAAGACUCUCCAGUCAGAUUAUAUAAGAAAUGCAUCAGGAUGCACGCUAAACUGCAGAGACCUCCACUUCCUGAACGGAAACUCUCGUAAAGUCCGUUUCAAGCAGCAAAAAACCCCCAAAACAAUAGCAACACAAAAGCUUGUGUGGCCUACAUUAAGGGCGGAAACUCACAAGAUGGCACAAAUCUAACUUUUGGCAUGAGAAAUCUGUGGUGAAAUAUUGUGAGCAUAUUUAUAUUGGGAAAGGGUUCAAUUUAGCCCGAUGUAAUAGGUCAGAGUGUUACAGUUACUUCGUUUUGGGCCGACGCGGUACAAAUAGGUUUAAAGCGAAUUUCUAAGUGCCAUAUACACCGUAAUUACUUAAAAUCGGCAUCCAGCCGCACAUUUCAGCGAAAUGAUGUAUUGUAAACACUCACAUAGCCAUGAUAACACUCAUGAGCUAGCAUAAGCUUUCAUUCAUGCUAAAUCUAAAGAUAAACUAGAUGUACGUUUAAAUCGAGAGGCACGAAAAGCAGCAAAGCAGUAUUCGACGCCCCCCAAAUGUUUUUUAUGCAUCUCAAAAUCUGUGUUCUGUACUUUUUUUUUUCCUCCCGAGGUGAAAUUCCCGCUUUUUCAGGUAAAACGGAAUCGCGCAUGCGCUGAAGAGCCGGUCGCCUACUUUUGUUACGAAACGUUUGGGUCUCCACUACCUAAGAUUGCACUACAUCUGAAUGUAUGUAACAAACGAGUGUUGUAAAUGUAUGCCAAACUGUAAAUAACUUGUAAGUGAAUUUGAAUAAAUAUCUUUAUACGA